UCGAGUUCUCCAGGAAUGACAUAUUUGUAAACAUACAAGACGUCUGAUCUUCACAUGAAUUUGCAUACUUUUACCUGGAAAAUAUGUAAAGUUUAGACCAAAAGAAUACAAGAUACUAUGCCAGACUUUACAGUUGUAACGAAAGGAGAAUUACACCUGAAGUAUUGACAAAUAAAAAGCUACCAUGUUGUAUGUGUUCCAUGUUGACACAGGGACUAUGAUGACAUUUGACAUGAAACUGGCAAUGGAAAGUGUGGCAAACUUGCAGCAUGCAAUUGCCAGAGAAUAUCCCAUUCCAGAGGAAAAGCAAGUGUUGUUAAUAAGUGGAGGAGAGAGUUUAGAUCCUGGAUCCACAGUUGGAAAAUAUCAUGCUGGAACAGAUACAAAUCCAAUUUUUCUGUUCAGUAAGACAACAAUAGAAUCGCUGCAUCCUCCAUCACCAAGUGUACACUAUGGGUCAGAUGUAGAUAUACAGAGUCAAGUAGAAGGAUCUCUUCUGAUGCCCCCAGCAUAUGGAACAGUGGUUUCCAGAGCACAGUUAUCUUUGCAAAUUCAUGAAGUAGAUCAUGAAGAAUUGAAAGCCUGUGAACAGCUUGUUCAUGAUCAACAUCUUCAGCAGCAAGGCUGGGCAGCAGUGGUGGCUAAUUUAGAGGACAUCACAAGUGCUCUGCGACAUAGAUCAGAAAUAUUUACUGAGUCCUACAAUGAAUACUUAGAACCAAGAGAUGAUUACUUGAAAGUUCUGUCAAGUGUGGAACAUUCUCUGCAGCUCCUGGCAAAGAUACCAGUUCUACCUUGCCUUAUAACACAAUCUUCAACUGAGCUUUAUGACAAAUCUUCCUCCUCCUCAUCAUCUGGUUCAUCAACAUCAAGUAAAAGUCUUUUUGAUUGGAUCAGUUCUCAGGAUCCAUCACAUAGUCUUCAUGAUAUGGUUGUCAAGUGUAUUAAAGCAACAGAACAAUUAGAUGAUCGAGUCCUGAAUACACUUACCAAAGAAGUCCAAGAAAUGUUCACACAAGUAGACAAUCCUAGCAUGAAAGAAGUGAAAGGUAUCGAGGACCGAUUGUAUGGCCUGGACCAAAUAUUGAGUUCUGGGAAGAGGGUUGUACAGGAACAAGGUGAUAUGGCUCAGGGAUUUGUACAGAAUCAGAAUCGAGUGAGUGCACUGAAGGAUAAGUCUAUACUACCAGAUCUGUGUUCUAGUCAUAAAAAACAGCUCCUUGUUAUGGUUAACAAUCACAAGAAAAUACAGGAAACUAAAAAGAAAUGUAAGAUGGCCAAAGAGGAACUAGCAAUAAAUCUUCAUGCAAGACUAAGAUGGGUUAUGUUGGUUGAGAAGAGAAUAUGUGAUAUAGAUGGUAAACUGAUAAUAUACCAUGAGAAUCUGAAGAGACUGAGAAAGAGAUUAGAAGUUCUCAAACAAAUUCAUGAUGCUCCUAAUAUAUAUGCCUGUCUUGUUGUAGAGGUAGUGAGACGUAGGAGAUUCUCAUCAACAUUUACAGAGUGGGCUAGCAGUGUAGCAGAAGAAUCCACACAAAUCCACUCAGAAGAAUAUAAAAGAAGGGAAGCUUUCAUCAGUCAAGUGGGUCGACAUUUCUUACAGACACUAUUUACUGGUUUGGAUCCAUUUUCAUCCAAUUUUGCAGUGGAGCCACCAGCAGCAAUAGACCAGGAACUUCCAGCUAUCACAGAAGAUGAUAUAGAAAUGUUGAAACAUUCUGUCCCUGAAUUAUCAGAACUCUUAGUGGUUCCAAAAGAGAGCAAUAAGAUAAUGAAGAGUCACUGGGGAGUAUUAACAUGUACAACUAACAAACCACAAACACCAAAACCAUCCUCACUAGCCACAUCAGAAAUAGAGAUUAUACAUAGUUAUGAUGACCGAUUCUAUACAGCUGAUCACACAGAAUUAUCCUUAGGUGAUCAGGUUGCAAGUAGUGAACUCACUUCUAACUUAUUAACAAAAUCUGAUAUAGGGGUCACAAGCCCCACAGAGAGAACAGAAUUUAUAAUGCCCAAAAGUCUUUCAGAAGAAUUAACAAAGGAAAUGCAAGAAACAAGUCGUAAGAAAUUAUUGGAAGAAAGUAAUAUGGCGAGUGGUUCUAAAAAAACUAGGGAGGUUAAUAGAUCAGUUGUACCUUCAGGUGCAGGGGAGGUGUCUGGAACUUCCACAUCAUCCGGUGAGCAGAUAAAAUCAACAGAAAGUGAAUCUUCCUCAUGUGCUCCAGAUAGAAGUACAUCAAGUUCACAUUCAGGGAAGAAAAAGUCAAGUGUGCCAUGUACUUCUCCAGACCUUGGAACGUCCCAGGAAUUUACUACUGCAGACUUCUAUAUAGAAGAUUCUAUGCCUUCUUCUAUGGGAGGUUCUCCUUCUAGUGCUAACAUAGAGGACAAGUCUGAAAAACAAUUGGAAGAUAAAAUAGAGGAACCUGAACUGUCUGUCUAUAAGACAAAAUUAGCUUUAACAGAAACAAAACUGAAAAAUUUAAGAGAUUUUGUUUCCAAUUGUUUUCCAGACUUGAAGCAAAGAUUUAAAGAUUUUGAAACAAGCAUUAACUGUGAUAGAUCUAAAUUUUCUGAGGAUUUAGAGAAAACAAAAGAAAAAGUGAUUGAAAUUCUCCACAUAUUUGACAUACAGCAACAGAAUAUUAGCAAGUCGAAUGUGGAGAAGCUUGGACAAAAUCAUUCUGAAGAGACAAAUAAGCUUCAUCAAGAAAUUGCUGAAUUGAAAAAUAAAAAUUCAGAAAUUGAACAGUUGUUAGCUGAGGCUAAGCAAAGUACUCUUAUGGAAAAGGAAAGUUUACAACAGAAAUCAGAUGGUUUGCAGAAAAAAAAUCAGGAAAUGACAGGUCAGUUAGAGUUGGCUAAAUCAACUGAACUUAAAUUGCAAAGUGAUGUGCAAAGCUUGACAGAGACAUUAGAAAGUCAUGAUUCAGAAUUUAAAUCAAAAUCAAAAGAAUCUGAAGUAAAAUACAAGGAAAUGGAAUCUAAAUAUAAACAGGAACUUACAGAAAUGUCUCAGCAACACUCUCUAGAAAUGGAGGUAGAAUUGGACAAAGUUAGGUCUGAUUUAAAGGAUCAAAUGGACCAAUUAGAAACAGAGGCCAAAGCUCAUGAGGUAGAUACACAGAAACUUCAAAAUGAUCUUUUAUUUGCUGAAAAGGAAAGAAUAAAAUUAGAAGAAACUUUAGCAACUCAAUAUCAGACGGAAAAAGAUAGCAUUAAGUUGAUACUGACUGAAGAAUUUUCUGAAAAAUUAACUAAAGAGAAAGAACAGUACUCACAAAACAUGAACGAAUUAACAGGAAAACUAGAAAAAGAUUAUGAAAUUAAAGUUAUUGAAUUAAGGGAACAACUUGUGAAGGUUAAUGCAGAAGGAAUAAACAAAAUUCAAGAAGAGAUGAAAGAGACUUUUGACACUUCUUUGACAGAUUUAAAAGAAAAAAAUGACAAUGAAAAAAAGACUCUGGCUGAGCAACAUAAGAAAAAAAUAGUGGAAUUGGAAGAUUUGCAUAGUAUUGACCUUAUGAAAUUAAAUGAAGAAUUCAAUAUAUGUAAGUUGGAACUUGAGGAACAAUUAAGAUUAUAUACAGACAAGGAGAUGAGAGAGGAAGAAGUUCAAACAAUCCCGGUGGAUAAAGUUGAUUGUGCCAUAGUAACUGAUGUGUUAUCUUGUAGGUCUGUGGCUUUACAAACAGAACCUACUGUGUUAAAUAGUUUGACAGAGAGUCAAUGUCAAACAGAGUUUACUGCAAUCAGUAUAAAUACACAAACUGAAAGUACAUUGAAACCUGGUGAAACUCAAACUGAAUCAAGGGAGCUAAUCCCAGGUUCAACACAAACUGAUCUAAGGGAGGUAAUUCAGGUAGAGAUGCAGACAGACAGUUGGGUUGGUGUGUUAGGUGUGAGUUCUACAGAGGUGGAGGAGAAGAGUGUUCAGACAGAGAUAAUGGAAUGUGUUCAGUCAGAUUGUCAGACAGAGAGACAGGAAACAUGUGAUCAGGAAUGUCAGAUUAUAGAUGACACACAAUCAAAGAAAAUAGCUGAGAUUCAGGAAGAACAUCAAAUGGAGAUAAAUAAGUUAGUCAGUAAAUUAGAGAAAGACAAGGAAGAAUCGUGUAUGUCAAUGAAGACCAGUUUGAUAGCAGAAAGACAGGUUUCAUUUAAUGAGGCUGUCAACAAAGUCUCCAGUGGAAAAGAUUCUAUAAUAUUGGAACUAAGAGAGAAAGACUCUUCUUCAACUGAGAAACUGAGAGUAGCUCAAGAAACAAUAGAUAAACUUGUUGAAGAAAAGAGUAAAGUUGAAGACAUAAAGACACGUGCAAUGGCUCAUCUCAGUGACAAAGAAAGGGAGUUUACUGCUUCUAAAAGAUCACUUGAAGAUGAUGUGGCGAUGUUAAAACAACAGCUAGUUCAAUAUCAGCAGCAAAUACAGUCCAUGUCUUUGUCAUCAGCACCUUCAGUUAUGGAUAUCAGUACACUAGAGGAUAUAGAAUCCAAGUCAAAAAUAUCAAUGUUGGAAGAGGAAGUAAAACUGAAGGAAGAAGAGAUAACUAGAAUGGAACUGAAAUUGUCUGAAAUUACCAUGACAGCAAGUACUAGGUCUGUUGUUCAAGACAAAGUAUCUAUUACAAGUUGCAGCACUGGUGAUCUGGCUCUCUUCUGUUUGGAUGAACGACAUGACCAGUAUGUUGUGUUUACUAUUGGCAGCACACUUCACUUUCUACACAGUGAUUGUAUAGAACCCUUAGGUUUACAAGCAAAUCCCAGUGAAAAUAGGAAAUCUUGGGUGUUGGCAGAAAUAACAGAUAAAGAGUAUUGUCAGGCAAAAAAGUCCCAGAAUAGAUUCAAAGUUCCUAUAGGCACCAAGUUUUAUCGAGUAAAGGCAAAACCAUGGGCAAGAGAUUCAUCACCAAGAAAGGGAGAUUUACUGCCUGGAACUUUAUCACCAAGAAAAGGGGACUCAGCAUCUGGAUCUUCAUCACCAAGAAAAGGGCACCCUGCUUCUGGAUCGUCAUGACAACAGCUUAACUAUAGAAUUCAUUAGUUAUAGAAAUCAAGUGUUCAUAAAUUUAGGGAUUUAAAAAUAAUCCCUGACUUAUUAAAGAAUACAAAGACUUUCAUCUUUUGUAUAUUGGGCUAAUUCUGCUAUAACAAUCGUAUGUUUCUGAGUUUGACUAACAAACUAUUAUGUCAAGUAAAUUUAUUUAUUUGACUUUCAUCUUUACAAGUAAAAUUGAAUUUAAAUUUAUUAGCUGCUUAUGAAACUUUUCAUCAGAAUGACAUUUAUUAGUUUGAAAUAUUUAUGAACUUGACAACAACUCCAAUAUUUUUCAUGUUAAUUUACCAUCAUACAAGUCAAAACUUGAACUUCUGUAUUUAGAAUUCCCCCGUUUGAUGUGAAUAUGAUAUGACCAUCUUAACACACUAAUUUGUACACUGCUAUGUGAUUUUUUCAAUAUAGAUUUUAUUAUUCCUUGCUGUAACUUAAAAAUAAAAUGAUGGCAUUCAUUCAUUACAGUGAAUUGAUGACCACUAAAAAAUGGUGGAAUAAAUCAAAUUGAUUUAUGUCAAGCAACCACUAAAAAUGGUUUUUCAAUGUGAUAUACUUACAAUUUUAUAUGUUCAUGUGAUUUACUUCAAGUGAACACUAAAAACUGGAUGUUUUUAAUUAUGAUAUUUAUAUUUUCAUCAGUAUCAAAUAUUUGUGAACACUUGAUUGAUAAAAUUUCCAUAUCUGUGAUGGCAUUAAAACACAAAGAGUUGUAAUCACUACACUUUGGUUGUUGGAUGAAUGAUUUAUUUUUUGUUUACUUGUUUGUUAAGUUUGUCAUUUGUUUCAUUGUCUUGUGUUGUUUUUUUGUUUUUUAGUUUAUGCACAUUACCCAGGGAUGUUAAUUGAUUUAAGUGUGAAUUUUACCAUAUUAAUCAUAGUUACAUCAUUACAUGUUACAUGUUCUUUUAGUUGUCAUAAAACUUUUAUGAUGAUAAGAUCUUGAAGAGGUCUCAACACGAAACAUGAACAGGAGAUUUUUACACUUUUCUUUUUAAUGUGACAAGUUUGAAAAAAUAUGCAUGAACUAGAAACAUGUAAUUGAUAAAAAAAAUUGAAAAAUGUUUUACUAAAAAAAUAAACUUUUGAUGCAAUAUUCCCUUUAAGAACCUCUUGUAACAGUGGCAGAUCUAAAUGGGGGGGGGGGGGGGGGGCUUUUAUUCUGACGAUCAAUGCAUUUGAAUGGGGACAUAUAGUUGGAACUUGGAACCCCCUCUUUAUCCUGGAUUAGGAAUUCCUCCUUUUAUAAACGGCUGGAUCUGCCACUGUGUCACU